GGUUGUUGUUCUGCACACACCCCUCGAAAGAUUUCUGCAGAAGCUUGAAGUGACGUUACAUGACACAGAUCACAAUGUCGGAACUUGUCUCAGUCAAUGCGAUCAAAGAUGAGCUAGUUGAGUGUCCAAUAUGUACAGAGCACUUUGAUGAUGACAGUCACAUGCCCCGUCGUAUGCCCUGCUGUGUACAGUCUAUUUGCGAGUCCUGUUUGGAGACCUACUGCAAAGGACGUCAGAUCAUACCAUGCCCUUUGUGUCGGCACCAACAUAACCUACCUGGCGGUGUGAAGUCUCUACCAAAAGAGCGUCUCAUUCUUAAGUUCCUGGAACAUCUGAAGGUCAAGAAAGGUAUCCGUCUGCCAUGUACAGAUUGUCCUGAUAAUGAAGCAGCCACUGCCCAAUGUAUGAACUGCAGAUUAUUCCUGUGUUCGAUAUGUCUAAAUGCUCAUACAAGGAACAAAGUCACAAGAAAACACAGGACAGUGACUUUUGAAGAGAUGAAAGUCUUGCCCCAGGAGAGUUUUGAAUUCCGGCAUCAGUGUUUCCAACACGAACAGCCACUACAGUUCUAUUGCUAUACCUGCAGACUUGUGAUCUGUGUAUCUUGCACUGUACUCGAGCACGAUAAAGGGAACGGACACAAAGUUGUUUCUAUUACUGAGGCGCACCACAACAUAGCACAUGCCACUGACGACACUCUUGUCAAACUUGACGAGAAGGUAGAAAAGCUCAGCGGAACAGAAGCAGAUCUAAAACAAAAACUUGUCGAGUUAGAACAUUCCAAGAAAGCUGCCAAAGAUAGCCUUGACCAAAGAUUUGAUAAAAUAAUAAAAGAAGUUCAGGACAGAAGACGCAUCCUUUUGUCACACCUUGAAGACGUUUAUAGUAAUAGUUUUAAGCUGACGAACGAGGCCUUAGAGUCAACCAAACAACUGCGAAACAAGGUAAAGUCUUCUUUGGCCUACACACGGCAGAUUAGGAGUAGAGCUGACCAGACAGAAGAUCUACAAAUUAUGACAUCAUCGGCUGCUUCUUUCACAAAGAUGCUGCAGGAGUCUCUCAUUGAGAUACAAUAUACGAGGACAGGCGUAGGCUUUGUACCUGCCAACCUGACCCAGCUUUCCUCCGCAAUCCAGGGAGCAGGACUGAUAAGGUCAGUCGCAUACUUCCCAACACAGAGGCCGGUAUAUGUACCAGGAACUGACGGAUACAAUGCCAUCACACUGACACCUGCAGAAUUUCAAAAGGUCGAUGAUGUGGGCAAGACCAUUUCCAGUGGAGAUAAAGCCAUUUCAUGUCCGCUCCUUGAAUGGGACUGCAGUACAGCGAGUGACGACAUCACUGUUUCUGAUACUUUGGUAACAAAUGAAAAGCCCAAGACUCCGCCACAAGACACAGGAUGUCGAAUAAGGUCGUGGAGACGUCUAUUGACAUCAAGACCUUUGGUUAUCAGAGGUGGAAGCCGAGAGAUGUUUCUGGUGAAAGUCAGCUUCUCUUUGAAACAGGUCACUGAGAAAAGAAGCAUGGUGUUUGAGACAGCAAUGACUGCCAACCCCGCAGAUACUUGCUGGAACCAAUCAACUGGACUGAGUGUACGCAUCAUAGGAUGUCCAAAGCAUAAGCACCAGCUCUGUCUCUGGGUUAGGUUUGAUGACAAGCUCCUCGUUGAUAUACCUAUUGCUUGCAAUCAAAUUGGUGGGGCAGGUGCCUUACAUCUAGGCUUUCUACUGGACGGUAGGAGAAGUAAAGUGAAUGUUGUUGACCUUGACAACACUACAGUGAUUCAGUCUGUGACUGACAUUGUGUUUGACAGACCAUUCUGGGUCAUGGCGUAUCUAGAUGCAUCCCAAGAUUCAAACAUGACGUGUGAACUUGUAUCAGGUCACAACAUUACACUCUCAGAAGGAAUGACCAAGUUGUUGUUAGCUCUAUAGGAAGGUGACUGGACAGGGGAAUAAACGUGUAAAAUGCGGAAAGAAGGAGCCAGUAAAACAUCGUUGGAGAGGAUGGUCCCUUGGGCAGAAUCCGACGUCCAUUGUGGAAGAAUAAAGACUUCAUGAUUAUC